CCCCUGGCACACGGCCCCGGCCCGCGGCCCCUGAGGCGGCGGGGCAGUGCCGGUGCCCGCAGGCAUCUGGAAGGUUCGGCUCGCCCGCCCCCGCCGCCCCGACCCUCGUGCUCUAUAAAUGCGGGCGGCGGUGGCCGGCGCGCUCAGAGGGGCGGCGCCGGGGCCAUGCUGGGGGUCUGGCUGCUGCUCUGGGGCUCCGCGGCCCUGGGCGGCCGGGCGGACACCGCCUUCCUGCGCCGCGCCCAUGACAGCUCCGGGCGCUGCACCUACUCCUUCACGGUCGCCAGCCCCGUGGAGGCCGCCUGCCCCGAGGCUGCCGGCGGCGUGCCCGAGCUGCGCGCCGAGCUGGUCGCCCUCGCCGCCCGCCUGAGUCGGCUGGAGAGCCGGGAGCGAGCAGCGGCGGGCUCGGGGCCGCGGGGAGCCGAGGCGGGCGGCGCACGGGACCCCCAGCAAGUGGAGGCUGCGUACGGCGAGCUGCUGCGGGCCAAGUCCCGGCUGGAGGAGGAGAAGGGGCGGCUGGAGCAGGAGAAAGAGGAGCUGGGCAGGCGGCUGGAGAGCAGCGCCCAGGAGCUCGCCCGGCUGCGGGCCGCCCGCUGCCCCCCCGGCAGAGAGGGGCCCGGCCGGGACACGCUGCGCGCCCCCGCCAAGGCGCCGCGCUGGGAGCCGCAGCCCCUGAGCUACCAGGAGCUGCAGUCGGAGAGGACCGAGGUUCCCGUGUCCCGGCUGCUGGAGGAGGCGGCGCUCGGCCGCCCGGGCAAGGAGGACGCAGCAGGCUGCGGGCAGCUGGCGUGGGUGGGAGAGCCCGUGGUGUUCGGCCGGGCGGACUCCAUCGCGGGCAAGUACGGCGUGUGGAUGAAGGACCCCGAGCCCGUGCCGCCCUUCACCCGGGACAACACCUGGCGUGUGGACACCGUGGGCACCGAGGUGCGCCAGCUCUUCCAGUACGAGGAGGCCGAGCAGCUGGCCCGGGGCUACCCCGCCAAGGUGCACAUCCUGCCGCGGCCCCUGGAGAGCACGGGCGCCGUCAUCUACCGCGGCGGGCUCUUCUUCCAGCCCCGCCAGUCGCGCUCCGUGGCCCGCUACGACCUGCGGGGAGAGACCAUCACGGCCGAGAGGGAGAUCCCCGGCGCCGGCUACCACGGGCAGUACCCCUACUCCUGGGGGGGCUACACCGACAUCGACCUGGCGGUGGAUGAGACGGGGCUCUGGGUCAUCUACAGCACUGAGAAGGCCCGGGGAGCCAUCGUCCUCUCCAAGCUGGACCCCGAGACGCUGGAGAUCCGUCGGACCUGGGAGACCAACAUCCGCAAGCGGGGGGUGGCCAAUUCCUUCCUCAUCUGCGGCACCCUCUACACCGUCAGCAGCUACUCGGCGCCCAACGCCACCAUCAACUUUGCCUACGACACUGCCACGGGCUCCAGCCGGGCCCUGAGCAUCCCCUUCGAGAACCGCUUCCGCUACCUCAGCAUGCUGGACUACAACCCUGCCGAGCGGCAGCUCUUCGCCUGGGACAGCUUCAACAUGGUCACCUACCCCGUGCGCCUGGCCCGGCCCUGAGCCCAGGCUGGCCGUGCGCCCGCUCAGCCCCCGGCACCUGCUGCGUGCCUUGGCACCCUGCUUCCCUCCCCAUGUCCCUGGCACAGCCUCGGGGAGUGCUGGGGGCCACAGCCACGCAGCAUUGUGCUCAAGUGCAGCAGAGAGAGAUGAGAGCCAGGGAAAUGCCUCUCACCAGCCUUGGGGAGUUUCGGAUGGGUCACAGCAGUGACCCCUGAGCUGCUCCAGCACCUCCCUGAGCACCCAACCUAGCCGCUAGGGAGGGCUCAGGCAUGGUGAGGGCUGGGCAGAACAGGUGGUAGAAGGGCUGUGCAGGAGGACCCUGCUUUAAAAUAAAGGUUUUUCCCUAGCUGUGAGCAGCGAUCCCCUCUGCGGGGUCAGGGUUUGUUGUUUCCAAGCUCCAGCCCUGCAGAGCUCUCAUGCAGAGAUCCCACAAGCUCCACUGGCAUCCCACACUCCCAGUGCCCAAGGGCAUCCGGGAGCUCAGCCACCUCCAAAAAUCAUCGACUAGGCUUGAAAGCAGCAGAAAAUACAGACACACAUUGCACAAGCCUUGUUUUAUUGAGGAAGAAAAGAAAGCAGCUCAGAGAGCAGGGGUGAGGAGUGCUGGCAGAGCGUCCUGCAGCCGGGGGGCCUGUCAGUACCCAGCCCUUCCAGCUUUACAGCCAUCCCAGGCCAGCAGCUCUCCCACAAGCAGUCCAAAACAUGCUGUUUUAUCUGUUUAUUGUAGAAGGCUUGUAGGAGGAGGCUUCUUUCCCCCUCUGGCAUUCGGGGCAGCAGCAACCACAUUCCCCAGGAGCUGCACAGGGUCCUGGCCCAAUAAACGCUGCCCAGCACCUCUGCUGCCUCACACCUUGUCUUUCCAAGCCUGUUUUCCAAGGAGUGUGGUGGGCUGGUGUCCCUCUUGAUGCACCUGUAGGCUGAAGGUGCUGGUGGGGGGAGCUGUAAAGCCUUGAGCAGGAAAAUGCCACAUUUUGGAAGGCAGCUUCUGACAACAACACAGCAGGUACUGGAGCAGUGGGAAAGGACAGAGAACACGGUGGGACACUUGUGAUGAUCACCUGCAGCUCCAGGGAUUUUCAGUGAGAUGCUUCACUCCACUGCUGUUCUCCUGACACUAACACUCUUGUCCCAAGAGUAGCAGCACUGUAUGCUUGCAAAUCCAUGAAGCAUUUGGUUUAUCCAUGAUCCCCAGGCCUUAUUUUGGAACAAUACGAGGUGGUUGUAAAAGGUGAGAUGAUAGUGUAAGGUGUGUUUGGUGAGCUGCAGGGGGGAGCCCAGCACACAGGGGGAGGAGGAUGAAAGACCCAUUCCUGCUCCAGAGCCAGGCUGGGAAUCUCACCCGAGCCAGGGCCAGUGGAGGUGGCCAGUGAUGGCCCCAGGAGGGUCAGGAACACAUCAGCCCUGUCACUGUCACACCCAGAGCUGGGGAGCCCCGGGGCCAGGGCAGCAUCUGGGGGAGGGCAGGGGAGAGCCAAGCAGGCAGCAAACCUGCCACCAAGGGUAGAGAAAGGCAUUUCUGCCCCGCAGCUCCCGGGGUGAGCCAAGGCCCGAGGGAAGGCAGGGUCUGAGCCGAGCCCCGCAGCAGCCGCGCCUCGCUGAGCGCAGACAGCGCUGCCCCUCCCCGCGCCGCGGCUGUCAGCCCGCGAAGUCAGCUCUUAAUUGACUGAGAAAAUAAAGGAGGACAAGCCAAUGUACACAGGAUUUCCAGAGAGCUGGGCUGGAGCUGAACAGCGCUGAAUACACUGCUUUACUUAACAGGCUUUGGGAAAACAAGGCCUCCCUGCCCACAUCCCAGCAAGAAGCCAGCCUGAACCCAGGGGGGUUGCUGGAUCUGGCCCCAGUCACAUUUAACCCCCCUCUGGCUCUUGCCCUGGAGAAAAGUUAUGACCUUUUCACAGCCUCAACAUUAUUAAGGAAAAAAACCCCUGAAUUUCCCCAAACAAAAUUGUUGCCUAAUUUCUGGGAGUUCAGCACAAUUAUUUCUGAUGACCAGAGUCCUAGAAAAGAGAUUACAAACCAAAUCCCACUCAAAUUAAAAAAAAGCAAGAGCUACUCCAGUGUAAAUAGCCAGGAGCAAAGUUAUCUGAUUAAAUGUCAUAAAAUAUUCAAUCAACCUGGGUCAAUGACUGAAAGCUCCACCUGGCCUCAAAGGCAGCUGGCGUGGUUUGGGGUUUUGGAGAGGCACACAUCAAACCUGGGUUAUUUGGAGGCACAAAAUGCCCAACAUUUACUUUAAUUAAACUUCUGCAGAAAUACUCCCCUUGUUCUGCUCUGAGCACAAAAUAGUCCAAAGCCUGGUACAUUCCCACAGCCGACUGUGGGAAAUUCCUCUGACUUCCGAAGGGCUUUAUUACUGCAGAACUGAACAUGAAUCCUCUCAGCAGUGCUUACCUUAAAAAUAGAACACUCUGGUGAAUGAGUUCUCA